ACAGCUUCUAUGAAUGUAUAUAGUAUUAUCUUAACAGUUUUUAUUUUAUUCGUACCAAAUUUUCAAUAUAGCUAGCCACGAAUAUAAUUGGAUUUAAACUUGUGAAUAAUACUGAAAUGUCACAUACAUUGAUUCAGCGAUUGUAACAAUAUUAUGCUUAACCUUCCAACGAAGUAAACAAAGAAUUUUUUUAAAUUAUGGCGAGGUAUUCUAGUGAAUCAGAUUCAGAUCACAACAGUAGAUAUCGAAGAAGGCGCAGCCGAAGAUCUAGAUCAUCUAGUUCAGAUUCCAGUGAUUCAUCAUCUCAUAGAAGAAGAUCGUCAAAGCAUUCAAAAACAAAACGAAGACAUCGUUCGCAUUCUAGAAGCAGAGGUAGAGAUAGAGAACGUAGUCAGAAAAGUUAUAAAAGCACCAGGAAUAGUAGUUCGAAAGGUAGAGAAAGGCACAGGUACCGUUCUAAAUCGCGAUCUCUAGAUCGCUCAAAACGAAGACCAAGAUCAGUAUCAAGAGAAAAGUCUAGUAGUUGUUCAAGUAGUUCACAAUCUAAUGCAAAAGCCAUUGUGACUGAGAAAACUAAGAAUAUAGUAAUUAAAGAUGAUUUUCCAAUUGAACCACGUUUUAAAGAAGGAAUAUUAGAUGCAAUAAAUUCUGAAGGUUUCACUCCAAAGCAAUUUUCAUCCUCCAAUACAAAAGAAAAGAAAUUUAAAAAUAUUGUAAUAGACAUUGCAGCAGAUACUAUACAGGUUCCAACAGUGGCUGAUAUUCCUAGUGGGUCAGAAAGUAUUUUUCAUUCAUCGAUAAUUCUUGAUCAAGAAGCAAGGUUUGAUAAAUGGGUGAAAAAGCUGUACACGCUCAGACAAAAAGCCAUAACAGAUUUAGCACAUUCAAAUAUCACUUGA